UAGGUGGCCAGCGCACUUCAACCUCCCACCCCCACCGCUCCCCCUGCCGCCACCAACCGCUGCGCCAUGGAUCCCGACUCCGAGAUCGCCUUCGACUUCCCGCCCUACAUCUGCCAGUACAAGAGCGGCCGCGUGCACCGCCCGGGCGGCGACGCCAUCGCGCCCGCCGGCACCGACCCGCUCACCGGCGUCGUCUCCAAGGACGUCCACUCCGGCCCCGCCCGCGCGCGCGUCUACCUCCCCCCCGACGCCUCCGCCGCCCCCGGCAAGCUCCCCGUCGUCGUCUACUUCCACGGCGGCGGCUUCGUGGUCGGCUCCCCGGCCCGCCCCUCCACCCACGCCUACCUCAACGACCUCGUCGCCCGCUCCGGCGCCGUCGGCGUCUCCGUCUACUACCGCCUCGCCCCCGAGCACAUGCUCCCCGCCGCCUACGACGACGCCUGGGCGGCCGUGCGCUGGGCCGUCACCGGCGGCAGGGACGGGGACGGGGACGGGGACGAGGCCGACCCGUGGCUGCUCGACCACGCCGACCUCUCCCGCGUCUUCCUCUCCGGCUGCAGCGCCGGCGCCAACAUCGCGCACAACAUGGCCGUCCGCGCCGCCGCGCCCGGCGCGCUCCCGGAGGGCGUCACCCUCCGGGGCCUCAUGGCCGUGCACCCCUACUUCACCGGGAAGGAUCCCGUGGGCGCGGAGGCGGCGUUCGGCCCCGACGUGCGCGACUUCAUGGACCGCACCUGGCGCUUCGUGUUCCCGGGCUCGCCCGGCCUCGACGACCCCAACGUGAACCCCUUCGUCACCGACGAGGCGCGCGCCGCCGUCGCCAGGAUCCCGUGCGGGCGCGUGCUGGUGUGCGUCGCCGAGGACGACGUCCUGCUCAAGGAGCGCGGCCUGUGGUACGCCCGCGAGCUCAAGGCCAGCGGCUACGCCGGCGAGGUCGAGCUGUUCGAGUCCAAGGGCGUCGGCCACGCCUUCCACUUCGACCAGCUGGGCUCCGGGGAGGUACUCAGGCUGCAGGAGCGCCUCGUGGACUUCAUCAAGAAAUGAGCGCCUCCGCAUGGGGAAUGGAGAAAUCGGCAUGGAAAUGGGUUUCCUGGAAAUAAAAGAUUAAUAUAACUCGGACGAUUUGAUUUUUUGGAUAAUCUUUGGAAAGCUUGAGAUGUAAUGCGUGCGUGCAAAGUUGUAUGAUCAUUCGUUGGUGAUUAUAAAACAGAGCAUUUUCGAUCU